GACACACCGACAACGACGAGCUCAGCUAACAUACAGGCAGGCAUGGCGCCCAGCUUCGCGCGCUCCAUCUCCUUCCCUCUGAACCCGUCCAGGUCCUCCAAGCCUCGCAUGGCGGCGUCCGCCUACCACGCCCGCUCCGUCAGCCUCCCGUGCCACUCCCACACUAUCCUCGCCCACCUCCAUACCCACAUCCGCGCCGUCCGCGCCUGGGCGCAGGACCCCACUUCCGUCGCCUCCGGCCUCGCGCACGUCGACGCGCUCCACGCCGCGCUCGGCGACCUCCUCGACCUCCCAGAGGCCCAGGCCGCGCUCUCCGGCGCCGCCAGCAGCAGCAACGACCGCCUCCUCGACGCCUUCCUCCGCCUCGCCGACGCGCACGGAAGCUUCCAGGAGGCCGUCGUUGAGCUCAAGCAGGACGUCGCCGAGGCCCUGGCUGCCGUCCGCCGCCACGAUGGCGCGCGCCUCGCCUCCGCGCUGAGGUCGCAGCGCAAGGCCGGGAAGGAACUGGUCCGGCUCGCGGCCGCGGCCAGGGACGGCGCCAGCAGACCCUCGCGCCUUGGCCUCGGAGGCAGCGCGGCGGAGGUCGAGGUGGCAGGGUUGCUGGCCGAGGCCGCGGCAGCCACAGCGUCCGCCUCAGCGGCGCUGUUCAACACCGUGGCGGCCAUGUCGGCGUCGGUCUCCGCGGCGGCGUGCUCCUGCAAGAGGACGGCAGCGCUGAUGUGCCUGAUCAAGAAGGUGUCCGAGGAAGAGAAGGAGACGAUGGCGUUGAUGGAGACGCUGGAGGAGCUUGAGGAGUGCAUCGGCGAGCUGGAGAGCGGCAGCGACAAGGUGUUCAGGAGCCUCGUUCAGACCAGGGUUGCACUGCUCAACAUACACACCCAAAUCUUCUAGCUCUAGCUGUUCCCAGUGACGGAUUGAACCCAAAUUCAUAGGGGACCGGGGUUCUAACUGGUUAAAGAGGGA